CAGAAAUGUCCAAUACUUUCUCUUACCAUGCGUCACUCUCUUACAAAUAUGGAGACUCUGAAGUACCCACUUCUGUGGCUCCUACAAAGAUCCAAAACUACCCCACAAAUGCUUCAAAUCCAUGCCCAAUUGAUCACGACGAACCUCGUUGCUGAUCCGUUUUCGGCGAGCCGGUUACUUGAUUUUAUAGCAUCAAAAUGUUUAAAUCUGGGUUAUGCAGAGCUUGUUUACUCUCAAAUUCAUAAGCCCAAUACAUUCAUUUGCAACACAAUGAUCAUUGGCUAUGUGAAAUCCUCUGACCCGCGAGCAGCCUUUCAUUUUUACAACAAAAUUAGACGAGAAGGCCUUCCUGGUGAUAAUUAUACUUACCCAUUUGCGCUGAAAGCUUGUGGCAUGAUGUUGGGGUUGGUGGAAGGGAGACUGAUACAUGGGGAAGUUAUUAAGAUGGGGUUUGAGUCUGAUUUGUUUGUGGUGAAUGGUUUGAUUAGUAUGUACUGUAGGUGUGGGGAAAUGGUUGGGGCUCAAUUGUUGUUUGACGGAUUUCAUGGGAAGGAUGUGGUGACUUGGAAUUCCAUGCUGUUCGGGUAUGUUGGUUUUAGGGAUAUGCAGCAGGCACAGAGGCUGUUCGAUGAAAUGCCUGAGAAGGAUGUGUUUUCUUGGUCCAUUAUGAUUGAUGGGUACGAAAAUUGGCGAUGUUGUUCAUGCUCGCAUGCUUUUUGAUUGCAUGCCAACAAGAGAUCUGGUUUCUUGGAAUUCUAUGAUUGAUGUGUAUGCAAAGGUUGGCGAAAUGGGAUCUGCUCGUCAAUUAUUUAAUGACAUGCCGGAGAAAAAUGUGAUCUCUUGGAGCAUUAUGAUAGAUGGCUAUGCUCGGUAUGGAAAUCCCUUGGAAGCCUUGAAUCUUUUCAGGCAGAUGCUUUGCCAAGGAAUGAAGCCGGAUAAGGUGUCUGUGGUGGGUGCAAUUUUGGCUUCUGGUCAAUUGGGUGCACUUGAUCAAGGAAGGUGGUUACAUAUGUACAUGAAGAAAAACAAAAUGAUUAUGGACAUAGUUGUUGAAACUACCCUAGUGGAUAUGUACAUGAAAUGUGGUAGCCUUGAUGAGGCUUGCAAGACAUUCAACAACAUGUCAGAGAGAAAUAUCAUUUCUUGGAAUGUGAUGAUUUUUGGUCUUGGUAUUAAUGGUUUCGGAAAGGAAGCACUGGAGUAUUUAGCUCAAAUGGAGAUGGAAGGAGUUUCGAUGGAUGAUUUAAUCUUCCUUGGUGUUCUUACAGCUUGCAGUCAUGCAGGUCUUGUGACUGAAGGUCUUCAUGUAUUUGACAGAAUGAGAAGAGUUUACGGCAUUGAACCCAAGGUUGAACACUAUGGUUGUUUGGUAGAUCUCUUUGGCCGGGCAGGACAACUAGAUAGAGCUCAAAAUGUUAUAGAGACAAUGCCUCUAAAACCCAAUGCAGCAUUAUGGGGAUCUCUUCUUCUGGCCUGUAGAACUCAUCAAAAUGUGGCUCUUGCAGAAUUUAUACUUGAGAGGCUUGCAGAGCUCAAAGCUGAUGACUGUGGGGUUUACACUCUCAUGUCAAAUAUCUACGCUGAUGUGGGAGUUUGGGAAGGAGUGAGGAGGAUAAGGAAAUUGAUAAGAGAGAGGAACAUGAAGAAAGAAAUUGGAAGGAGUGUAAUGGAGAUAAAUGGUGGUAUUGUGGAAUUUGUUAGUGGGGAAAGGCCUCAUGCUCAAAAUGAGGAGAUAGAAGCAGUUAUUGGGAGCUUAUUGACAAUGACAGUGGUUGCAGAAUAAAGAUGUAAACAUGUGAAGGAAGCACAUUAUUUCAACAUUCUAGGUAAAACCAUUUUGGAACUAGUAGCUCCCGGUUUUUUUGAGCAGAAUGGUCCUCCGAUGCGUUAUUACUGCAAUGAAGAUACGUUUAUGCAUUAUACGUAUUCAUUGGGAUGACAGAACAACAUUCCGUUUAAAUUGGAUGGAAUUGAGAUAAUUAGCCAGAUUUAGUGCAUGUUAUGGAGCAAAUUAAAGUUUAGUGACCAAUCUGAUCUCAAUACACAAGUUUAGCGAUCAGCUGUGAAAUGUAUCCAAAAGGGGUCGUGCCACAAUUUGAUUCAUUAAGCAAAAUUUCUUCAAUUGAUCAAGCGGCGAGUCUUUGAAGUAGUAUGUAGUCUUAGAUGUUUUGAAAGAGGACAAGCAGAGGAGACACUGAAAGAGAAGACAAAAAGAUACAGAACCAAGGUUGUAUAUGUUCAAAGAAAAAUAACUUUAAGCAUCCAUCUGGGCAACAUCCUGAACUAUUUCACAGCAAUAUCAAAGCUUAAAGUCAAAUGUUUCCCUCCUUCAUUCCUUUAUUGUUCUCCUACUUUGUACAUUUAUGACAAUUAGCGUUGUGAAGUUAAUUACAAGCUCAAGAGUUUCUCUUCA